AUUGUCAUGGUCUGUUGCUGCUGCUGCUGCUGUUGAGAGAGAGAGAGCAAACCAUAAAAAAGAGCUCACAAGAGAGUUCUCUCUGUCUCUCUCUCUGGACUCUUGAAAUACGUCGAAUGCGAAAAACGAAACGAGAGAGAGAGAGCACUUUUGGUUUGUUUUUCAGUUGACUGAUAAAGACGCAGGCAAAUGGAUGUGAACAAGUUGAUUGCUGAAAUUCGGCUAAGGCCGGCUUUAUGGGAUCCAACACAUCCGGAUCAUAAGAAUCGCACGGAGACAAAACGCAUUUGGCACAAUUUGUCUGAAAUAAUUGGAGCUAGUGCGGAUGAUUGCCGAAGUAAAUGGAAGAACUUGCGUUGCAGCUAUCGUCGACAUUGUCGGAAUGCUUUGAAUAAGUCUCAACUUGGCGAAUCCAUGGGCUCUGAGUGGCCAUACUCGGAGCCCAUGAGUUUCUUGGAUAUGCAUGGCCUGCUUAACGACAGCAUCGGCGGGAACGAUGGGAACGACAAUGGGAAUGAUGUGGGCGAUGCGGUGGCGGACACAGAUUCCGCCAUGUCAUUCAAGGAGGAGCCAAUGCCCACAGAUGAUAUGGAGGCGGACAACGAUGCCCUCAUGGAGGAGUUUCGUAAUGUGGCCACACCGCAGGCAUUGAGGCGGCUCUCCCAUAGCAUUUCUCUGGCCAGUGCAGCAGCCGAGGAGCAGGCCCAUGUCGUCCCAAUGGCUUCUGGCCAGUCAUCCACUAUCCAGUUUCCCAGCCUGAAGCUCGAAAAUGUUCGAUAUGGAGUCGGUGCGGGUGUUGGUGCUGGUGCUGUUGCUGCUGCGGGUGCUGGAGGUGGAGGUGGAGGUGGUGGAGUUUGUGGAGUGGGCACAGCCACGGCAGCAGCUGCCGCUAGUAGUUGUCAUUGUGCCAAACGUGUGGAUGAGCAGGUUAAUUUUCUGGAGAAUCUUAAACGCGAGGAACAACAAUUGAUGCAGUCGACCAAUCAAGAUUUGGCACGUUGCAAAAAUGUAUUGCAUGUGGGUGACUCUGAUUACAAUUAUCUAAUCAGCUUUUUGCCACUUAUGAAGCAAAUGUCGCCACUCCAAAAUGUUUUCUUUCGCGCCAAAAUGGGUGAGCUAUUGCUGCAGACAAUGCAGCAGCCGCCAGUGGGGCAGCAGCAGCAACAGCAGCAACAACAGCAGCAACAAGCACGGCAACAACAGAUGCAACAGGAGCAACCACAGCCCUCGCAAAUGUUGUUGAACCAACAGCAGAUGGCCUUGGACCAGGCCCAAGUGAGCACCAGCUCCACAAAUUGGAAUUGAGACUGAGAACUAAAAAUGAAUUGAACCUGAGCUCUCUCAGUAUGAGUGAACUCUAUGCGAGAGUUGCGAGCGCGCAUGUCCAGUGCACAGUGGGUCAAAAUGUUGAGCUUAAAACGUUUGCUGUUACAUAUAACAAAAUAUUGCACUCCAAGUGCUAAAUUUUUUUUUUCUCAAAAUAUUAAGAUAAAAAUAAAAAAAAAGUUGAUUGACAUUCUUCGAUUAUGUGAAAA